UUAUCCAUCGAAGAAUUUAUAUUUGGAAACUCGAUUUUAUUUUUUAAAAAAACCAGCAUUUUGAGAAAGGAACGUAUAGAAAAUAAAUUUCUGAUAUGAUAAUUAUCUUGAGAAAAAUUCGGUGCCUAUUAGCAAAAAAAGGAAGAGAUCCACGUGCGUUAUAAAAACUUUUUCUUCUCUACGAAACGUGUAUUAGAUAUUUUUUUUAUAGACAUAUAGGUAUAAUUUUAGAUUAUAAUUUCAAAUUGCACCUUUUUUAAAAUUACUCAGAAUUUCACAUAAAUAUAUGGAAGAUGAUCUUUCGUUUCUUCAGGGUCAUUUCAUUUUCAGCGUAUAAAUAUAGUUGAGAAGCUCCUUCUUCAUCUUCUCAUUAGAGCCAUCGAAUAUGUCUAAUGAACUUCCUCAGUUUACAUUUGGAGAAUAAAUAGCGGAAAAAAAAUAAAUUGAAUUAGUGCAAUGGAUCAAGCUGCUGAGUAUUUAAAACACUCGACAGGCAUUCAGUACGAUGUGAUUACAUCCUUAUUGAGGGAGUUUGAAAAUGAUGUUUGUCAAAUGAAGGGAACAGUGAUGGACAUUGGAUGUGGUCCUGGAAAUAAUACAAAAAAUUUAAUAUUACCAAAAAUAUCUAAAGAUGCAGUUAUGGUCGGACUUGAUGUCUCGAAGAACAUGGUCGAUCGUGCAAGAAUUCUAAAUGCCGAUGAAAAAGAACGGUUGACUUUCGAACAACUAAAUAUCGAAUCAAAUGAUUUUCCUAUCGAAUUUAAGGAAAAAUUUGAUCACGGUUUUUCUUUCUUUUGCCUUCAUUGGGUUUUUGAUUUAAGAUGCGCUUUUGAAAAUAUUUACAAACUUCUAAAACCUGGAGGAACACUGCUAAGUCAACAUAUUUUAUCGUUCAAUGCCUACAAUCCCUAUUUAACACUGUCAAAAAGGACAAGAUACCAAGAAUAUUUAAAGGAUGUUAGGCAGUUCAUAACUCCUCUUUACUUUAGCAAAGAUCCGAGGGAAACUUUAAUAAAAAUAUUAGAGGAUGUUGGUUUUCAAGUGUUGCAUUGCAGCAUAAGGGAAAAAAUAACGGGCUACAAAUCUCAGGAGGACAGAAAAGGACUCUUUGCUUCUGUUAAUCCUUUCGUGACGAGAAUGCCAAAUGAUGUAAAAAAUGAUUUCAUGGACAAUUUAAUGGAGGAAACAUUAAAGGAGGAAUCGGUGUUGUUUAGAAAGAAUGCUAAUCCAUUGGAUGAGGAAAAAGUAUUCGAUCUUUAUAGAUUAAUAAUGUUACAUAUUAAAAAGCCAGAGAGGAAUUUUUAAAAAUAAGUUAAUGUUGCUUAUUGAAGUGCAAAUA